UGCAUAAAUGGACAUCCUGCAUUGUGUUUAUCAGUUUGUACUUUUUGCUCACCAGUUCCGUUGACAGAGCAACACUUGAAACAGUGUAAUUAAAACUGGUAGUUUAAGUUCACGUGAUUACACGCAUUAACACGGACGAGAGAGAAGUGGCAUAAACUAAGAAAGGUUAAAGUGGCGAAGUACUGCGUCAUUUCAAAACAUCGCCACUGGUGGUCAUGUGAGCCGACAAUCCUUCCUUCCUACCUGAGGAACUUCCUGACAUUUAACCCUGCUUCCCUACUUUUCCUCGAAACGCAGAUUUACAGGUUUACCAGCAAUGAUUAAGAAUAUAAGUUGUUGUUAGAUAUAGCUAGCUUAUAUUCGAUAGAAAAUAAUGUCAAUCGUCGCUGUCAGUUCGUGCGGCGCGUUUAAGAAACGGAGCGCUACUGAAGAUAAACACUCCGAGAACACAACUGAACCGAUGACCUACUGCACUACAUCUUUAUUAUAGAUGACAUUUCAUCUUGAUCUACAUCAGCAUAAUGAUCUGUGUUUUAUCUUUCUGCUUUUUACUCUUCAAAGGUGUGUCUGGUGCUGAAGAUGCAGUGAAGACAUUAUCAGUGACGGAGGGAGAUUCAGUCACUCUACAUGCUGGUCUUACUGAAACACAGAAAGAUGAUCUGAUACUGUGGACAUUUGGACCUGACAGCACCCGUAUAGCUCAAAUCAACAAAAUGAUCAAUAAGGUCUCAUUAUACAAUGAUGCUCUUGAUGGGAGAUUCAGAGACAGACUGAAGCUGGAUGAUCAGACCGGAUCUCUGACCAUCACAAACACCACAAACACAGACUCUGGACUUUAUAAACUACAGAUCUUUGGCGGAAAAGAGGUCCCACCCAAAAAAUUCAGUAUUAUUGUUUCUGCUCGUCUGCCUAUUCCUGUCAUCAGCAGAGACUGUUCAUCAUCAUCAUCAUCAUCAUCAUGUUUAUUGUUGUGUUCAGCUGUGAAUGUGGGUCAUGUGACUCUCUCCUGGUACAAAGGAAACAGUUUAUUGUCCAGCAUCAGUGUGUCUGAUCUCAGCAUCAGUCUCUCUCUACCUCUGGAGGUGGAAUAUCAGGAUAAAAACACCUACAGCUGUGUGCUGAACAAUCCCAUCAGCAACCAGACUCAACAUCUGGACAUCACUCACCUCUGUCACACAUGUUCAGCACCAGGUUUUUCUGCAGGUGUAAUAGCGCUGGUUUGUGUUUGUGCUCUGGCUGUGGCUGCAGGAUUGUGUGGUUUUUACUAUUACCAUCAGCACAAGAUGUCGAAACAAGCAGAUCAAGUGGAUCAACCUGAUGAAGAACAUAUUCAGCUGACCAAUGGUGUGUUCAUUGAGAAAGAUGAAAUUAAGUCAUUGUUCGUGAUUGAGGGAGAAUCUCUCACGCUAUACACUGAUGUCACCGAAAUACAGGAGAAUGAGCUGAUACGCUGGAAGUUUGCUGAUUCAGAAAAACGCCAUUGUGCUGAAUUUGUUGUCAUAGCUAAGUGGUAUAAAACAAACAAUGAGGAAUACUUAUAUAAUGAAGAAAUAUUCAAAGACUGUUUGAAACUGGACCACAAAACUGGAUCUCUCACCAUCACAAAAAUCACACCUAAACAUUAUGGACAUUAUAAACUACACAUCACCAGCGAGGGACAGAAUAUCUCAAAGACGUUCAGUGUUGUUUCCUAUGUUCCAAUGACAAGACAAGGGACACUCCAGAGGAGUCAAACCCGCCCUUGAUAACAGAAGAGGAGCAUACAGUAUAAACACUGGAAUAUAAUCCACAUCAAUUCCAUCAUCAUUUCAAUUCCCAAAUUGAGAUAAACCACAAUGGACUUCUGUAACAAAAGAUGGGAUUCUCCAUGAUUUUGCUUAUUGGCUGGCAUAUUUUUCAUUGCAAAUGAAUAGCGCCUAUUUUUAAAUAAACAUUAUUUAUAUAAAAGCUAUAUUGAAUUGAGAAUAUUAUGUUUAUUAAUUUGAGGUUCUGAUGUACUGUAAGAAAAUAAAAUGGACCCUUUUCACAUUUUCAACUUUUAUAACACUGAAUGAGAGACUAGGCCUACAUUAAAUAUAUAUAAAAAUUCAUUUCAUUUAAUUAUAUAUAUAUAUAUAUAAUGUAUAUUUGUUUCCAUUUGUGCAAAUAGCAAAAGAAAAACUCCACAAUAGUGUUUGCACAACUUUCAAAAAGAGGGAAAAAAUAGAAAGCGAUUGAUAAUGGCAGUCCGAAGAAAGAUGUCAUUUUUACCAUCAGUCCCACAGCUGCUGUAUUAGAAACACCUUCACAGCAGCGUAAACUAGUUUUUUUUUUUUUGUAAUUUUAUGCAAAUGUAAUAUAAUAAUAAACUAAUUAUAGUGUUAUAAAUGUACAUACGUUUUUUUUAAAAAGAAAAUACAAAAAAAUUUGCAAGAUUUACAAUAUUGAUGACCGUUAAAAUGCGUCAUCACAGUUUGUGAAAAGGGUCUAUUAAUAGGUGGCGCAAAUUAAGUUUAUUUCACUUAUAUUUUAACCUCUUUCAGUUUACGGUAUUGAAAACACGCUGUCUGUUGGGCAUUUCUAACUUCAAAAUCUGUUUACUGAGCUUUACUGUUAAGGUAUGGACUCAGUCGUUGAAGAACAUGGAGGCUCUGUCGUUUUGCCGUGCAGCUACAGAAGCAUUGCACUUGAAGAACUGACAGUCCACUGGAGACACAACGACACCAGGAAUGUAUAUGAUAUUAGCCAAGGAGAAGUUUCUGUAAAGGAUCAAGACCCAGCGCACAAGAACAGAGCUGAAGUUUUAUCUGAAGAGCUCAAGAAGGGCCAGAUCUUUCUCAAACUCGCCGAUCUUCAGAUCUCUGAUAGAGAAACGAACCUCUGUUUUGUUCCGGAUUUGAGACUUUAUCAAAGUACUCAACUGGUGGUCAAAGGUGUUAAUACUCCUAAUUUUAUACGUUUGGAGUUUCUAUGUGAAUGCAAUCUUAACAGAGUUGGUUUAAAUAGUCAAACAUGUACAGUAUUGUUUUUGCAUGCCAGACAGCACACAUAUUUUGCUGCUAGCAAAAUAACUAAUAGUUUUCCAAGUGUAUAAUUUUUACUCCUGAUUUUUUUGAAAAUUCAAGAGCAGUUCAAGGAACUCGGCGAAAUCAGGAAGUGCUGUCGAGCAGAUCUUUAGUGUGAAAAUGUGCAAACUUUCCUUCUAAUUCACCUUUGAAUGAUCUAGCUGGUCCGACCAUAUAAUACAAUACUUUUUUCCUAAAAAUGUUUCUUUUAAUUAUGAAAACAGUUUUGUUUCUGCCUUUUAACAGUCCCAAAUAUAACAUGUUCUGCACAAUGCUGUUACUUCA